GGGAUGUCUGCCCCCUGAUCUCUUUGUGUGUGUGCGCGCGGGUGUUUAGUGCGAAAGAGGGAGACGGCGACGUCGUGUGCAACGCCGGGCACCAUAAGAAACAUACUGCAUUUAAAUUAUUGGAACUAUUGCCCAAAAAGCAAAAUUACAGAAACCAAGACAACCAUCCCGUAUCGUUGUUUCUAAUUUCAAACACUGGAAUCAUUCAACUUACUGGGAAAUCACUCGGGAGGCGAAACGGAUUUUCACACAAAACAACUUUGUUUAGUUAGCUGCUAAAAGUUUAGCUAACUAAAUUUAAAGUUUUUUUUUACAAUUAUGUCUGGUAGCGAGGACGAUAGGGAUGAUUUUGGAGCCCCAGAGGACCGCUCUCUAAUGCAAGAUGAGGAAGAGGAUGAUUUGUCUGAGACUGAGGCCCCGAAGGUGAAGAAAAAGAAGAAAGCCAAAAAGAGCCGGGAAAGCAAAAGUAGCAAGCGGCGUACCUCUCGCAGAGAGGAUGUGCCCAUGAGCUCCCCUGAACCCAUGGAGACUCACGAGCUGGACGAGGAGCGAGUGGCGCCCCACUCGGAUAGUGAGGGCAGCGACUACAACCCUGGGAAGAAAAAGAAGAAAAGGCCCAGCACCUCCUCCAAGGAAAAGAAGAGGAGUAGCACGAACAUGGACAGGAACUCAUCCGGUGGAAAGGACAAGAGAAAGGAACCUGAGCCAGAGGAAGAAGACGACGACGAUGAUGAUGAUAGCUCGGAGCCUAAGACGUCUUCCCAGCUCCUGGAUGACUGGGGCAUGGAGGACAUUGACCACAUCUUCAGCGAAGAGGAUUACCGCUCCCUCACCAACUACAAGGCCUUCAGCCAAUAUGUCAGACCCCUCAUUGCGGCCAAGAACCCCAAAAUUGCAGUUUCCAAGAUGAUGAUGGUGCUGGGCGCCAAGUGGCGUGAGUUUAGCACCAACAACCCGCUGAGAGGCUCGGCUGCCGCCACCGCCGCCCUGGCCGCCGCCAACGUGUCCGCCGCCGUGGACAGCAUGGUGGCGGAGGUUGCCCCCCCUGCUGCGCCCGUCCUGGUCGCCGAGCCCCAGCCACCACCUGCCCCGCCCCUGAAAAAGGCCAAGACCAAAGAGGGGAAAGGCCCUAACGCCCGAAAGAAGUCCAAGCCAACCCCCAAGCCAGCGGAGAAGAAGAAGGUGGCUACGAAAAAGGUGGCUCCGCUCAAGAUCAAACUGGGUGGUUUCAACAGCAAGAGGAAACGUUCCUCGAGUGAGGAGGAUGAGCCCGAGGUGGAGAGUGACUUUGACGACGCCAGCAUGAACAGCGUGUCCGUGUCGGACGGCUCCAACAGCCGCAGCAGUCGCUCCAAGAAGAAGCCCAAGAGCAAGCCCAAGAAGAAGAAAGUGGACGAGGAUGCCGACGGCUACGAGACGGACCACCAGGACUACUGUGAGGUGUGCCAGCAGGGCGGGGAGAUCAUCCUGUGUGACACCUGCCCCCGGGCCUACCACAUGGUCUGCCUGGACCCCGACAUGGAGAAUGCGCCCGAGGGGACCUGGAGCUGCCCCCACUGUGAGAAGGAGGGAAAGCAGUGGGAGGCGCGCGAGGAAGGCUCCGAAGAGGAGGAGGAGGUGGAAGCGGAGCCAGAGGAGGACGACCACCACAUGGAGUUCUGCCGCGUGUGUAAGGACGGCGGUGAGCUGCUCUGCUGCGACUCGUGCCCCUCCUCCUACCACAUCCACUGCCUCAACCCCCCCCUGCCGGAGAUCCCCAAUGGGGAAUGGAUAUGCCCCCGCUGCACUUGUCCGCCCAUGAAGGGCAAGGUUCAGAAGAUUCUGACUUGGCGUUGGGGUGACCCGCCUCCCCCCACGCCCAUCCCCCGCCCCCCAGACCUCCCCGCUGACCAGCCUGACCCCCCUCCUCUGGCUGGGCGUCCAGAAAGGGAGUUCUUUGCCAAGUGGAGCAACAUGUCCUACUGGCAUUGUUCCUGGGUGUCAGAGUUGCAGCUGGAGCUGCACUGUCAGGUGAUGUUCAGGAACUACCAGAGGAAGAAUGACAUGGACGAGCCUCCCUCCAUCGACUUUGGGGAGGGCGACGAGGAAAAGAGCACCAAGAGGAAAGCCAAGGACCCGCUCUACGCCAAGAUGGAGGAGAAGUACUACCGCUUCGGCAUCAAGAUGGCUUGGAUGAUGAUCCACCGGAUCCUGAACCACAGUCAGGACAAGAAGAACAACGUCCACUACCUCAUCAAGUGGAAGGACCUUCCAUACGACCAGGCUACCUGGGAAGCAGAAGACAUGGACAUCCCAGAGUUUGAUGUCUUCAAACUGCAGUACUGGAACCACAGGGAGUUAAUGAUGGGAGAGGACGGCAAACCAGGGAAGAAGAUCAAGGUGAAAGGCAAGAUGAAGAGACUGGACCGGCCUCCUGAGAACCCUGUGGUUGACCCCACCAUCAAGUUUGAGCGGCAGCCUGAGUACCUGGACAGUACAGGGGGUAACCUUCACCCGUACCAGCUGGAGGGGCUCAACUGGCUGCGCUUCUCUUGGGCACAAGGCACUGACACCAUCCUGGCUGACGAGAUGGGUCUGGGAAAGACUGUGCAGACUGCCGUCUUCCUCUAUUCACUCUACAAAGAGGGUCAUUCCAAGGGCCCGUUCCUGGUGAGCGCCCCCUUGUCCACCAUCAUUAACUGGGAGAGAGAGUUUGAGAUGUGGGCACCAGACAUGUACGUGGUGACCUACGUCGGCGACAAGGACAGCAGAGCUGUCAUCAGAGAGAACGAGUUCUCCUUCGAGGACAACGCCAUCCGCGGAGGCAAAAGGGCUUCGAAGAUGAAGAAAGACUCCUCUGUGAAAUUCCACGUGCUGCUGACGUCCUAUGAGUUGAUAACCAUCGACAUGGCCAUCCUGGGCUCCAUUGACUGGGCCUGUCUGGUGGUGGAUGAGGCUCAUAGGCUUAAAAACAACCAGUCCAAGUUCUUCAGAGUGCUGAACAAUUAUCCUCUUCAACACAAGCUGCUAUUGACGGGUACACCUCUACAGAACAACCUGGAAGAAUUGUUCCACCUCCUCAACUUCCUCACGCCAGAGAGAUUCAGUAACCUUGAGGGUUUCCUGGAAGAAUUUGCUGACAUCGCCAAAGAGGACCAGAUCAAGAAGCUACACGACAUGCUGGGACCCCACAUGCUCAGGAGACUUAAGGCUGACGUCUUCAAACACAUGCCCUCCAAGACGGAGCUCAUCGUCCGGGUGGAGCUCAGUCCCAUGCAGAAGAAAUACUACAAAUUCAUCCUCACUCGUAACUUUGAGGCCCUGAACACACGCAGUGGUGGAAACCAAGUCUCCCUGCUGAAUGUGGUAAUGGACCUCAAGAAGUGCUGCAAUCACCCCUACCUCUUCCCGGUGGCUGCCAUGGAAGCCCCAAAGAUGCCCAAUGGGAUGUAUGACGGCAGUGCCCUCACCAAGUCCGCUGGGAAACUGACACUCCUGCAGAAGAUGAUGAGGAAGCUGAAGGACGGGGGGCACAGAGUACUCAUCUUCUCUCAGAUGACUAAGAUGCUUGACCUGCUGGAGGACUUUCUGGAAAACGAGGGCUACAAAUACGAGCGCAUCGAUGGAGGAAUCACCGGGGGCAUGAGACAGGAGGCCAUUGACAGAUUCAAUGCACCUGGAGCACCCCAGUUUGCCUUCCUCCUGUCGACGAGAGCUGGCGGUCUGGGUAUCAACCUGGCCACUGCCGACACUGUCAUCAUCUACGACUCUGACUGGAACCCCCACAACGACAUCCAGGCGUUCAGCCGAGCUCAUCGUAUCGGUCAGAACAAGAAGGUGAUGAUCUACCGCUUCGUCACCAAGGCCUCUGUGGAAGAGAGGAUCACUCAGGUCGCCAAGAAGAAGAUGAUGUUGACCCACUUGGUGGUGCGUCCUGGUCUGGGCUCCAAGACGGGCUCCAUGUCCAAACAGGAGCUAGACGACAUCCUGAAGUUCGGCACGGAGGAGCUCUUCAAGGACGAGCUUGGAAAGGGGGACAAAGAAGGGGAGAACAAGGAAGAGGACAGCCAGGUCAUCCAUUACGAUGACGAGGCGGUUGACCGACUGCUGGACAGGAACCAGGAGUCAGAAAACCCAGAGGAGACUGAGAUCCAGAGCAUGAACGAGUACCUGAGCUCCUUCAAGGUGGCCCAGUACGUGGUCAAGGAUGAAGAGGAAGCGGAGGAGGAGGUGCAGAGGGAGAUCAUCAAGCAGGAGGAGUCUGUGGACCCAGACUACUGGGAGAAGCUUCUCCGGCACCACUACGAGCAGCAGCAGGAGGACCUGGCCCGGAAUCUGGGGAAGGGCAAGCGCAUCCGCAAGCAGGUCAACUACAACGACGGCUCCCAGGAGGAACGAGGUAGUAGACGGGCAGACUGGCAGGACGACCAAUCGGACAACAACUCUGAUUACUCUGUGGCUUCGGAGGAGGGCGACGAGGACUUUGAUGAGCGGGCAGAAGGCGGUGCAGCCAACUCUCGGAGACCCAACAGGAAAGGGCUGCGGGGCGAAAGGGACAAGCCACUCCCCCCCCUGCUGGCCAGAGUGGGAGGCAACAUCGAGGUGUUGGGCUUCAAUGCCCGGCAGAGGAAGGCCUUCCUGAACGCAGUGAUGCGUUAUGGGAUGCCGCCCCAGGAUGCCUUUACCACCCAGUGGCUGGUCAGAGACCUGCGCGGGAAAUCUGAGAAGGAGUUCAAGGCGUAUGUCUCACUCUUUAUGAGACACUUGUGCGAGCCCGGUGCCGACGGUGCAGAGACUUUUGCAGACGGCGUUCCCCGCGAAGGGUUGUCGCGACAACACGUCCUCACGCGAAUCGGUGUGAUGUCACUGAUCCGUAAGAAGGUCCAGGAGUUUGAACACGUCAACGGCCAGUGGUCCAUGCCCUGGAUGAUGGAGCUGGAGGAGAGUAAAAAAGCUGCGGCGGUGGCAGCAGGAGCCCACCCUGACUCGCCGGGGAAGACGCCGUCGACAGGCACGCCCGCCGACACGCAGCCCAACACGCCCGCCACAGCAGACGACUCCUCGAAGAGCGAGGACGCCCUGAAGGAUGGCGAAAAGGAGGUCAAGAAAGACGGCGAGGGGGAAAAGGAAAGAAAGGACCUCGGAAAGACGGAAGACCCGGAGAUCAUUGCGAUCCCCGAUGAGGACGAGAAGUCUCCUUCCCCUAAAGCGAAGGAGAAGAAGGAAACCGCCGAAGAGGAGCCCAUGGAAACAGACAAGCCCACCAACGGGGAGACGGAAAAGGAGAAAGAGGAGGAGAAAGUGAAGAACGGGGAGGCUGCAGAGAAGAGCGCGGAGGGAGGGGAGGAGACCAAGUCUCCAACAGCGGACGCCAAGAUGGAGGUGCUGGAGGUCAAAUCGGAAGAUUCCGGGGCCAAAGAAGAUAAAAAGGAAGAGAAGACAGAAAAGAUGGACACCAGUCCUUCCUCAGAGGAAAAGAAAGAGCAAAAGGAGGAGAAAGACGCCGUGAAGGCGGAGCCAGCCAAGCUGCAGAACGGGGACAGUGUAAAGGAGGUAGUGGCCGCCGGAGGCAGCGAGGAGAAGAAGAAAGCCAAGACGAGAUUCAUGUUCAACAUCGCAGAUGGAGGGUUUACUGAGCUUCACUCCUUGUGGCAGAACGAGGAGCGGGCCGCCACAGUCACCAAGAAGACCAAUGAGAUCUGGCACCGUCGCCACGACUACUGGUUGCUGGCCGGCAUCAUACAACAUGGAUACGCACGCUGGCAGGACAUCCAGAACGACGUGAAGUAUGCCAUCCUAAAUGAGCCCUUUAAGGCUGAGAUGAACCGGGGCAACUUCCUGGAGAUCAAGAACAAGUUCCUGGCCAGGAGGUUCAAGCUGCUGGAGCAGGCCCUGGUUAUCGAGGAACAGCUGCGCCGGGCAGCCUACCUUAACAUGUCGGAGGACCCUUCCCAUCCCUCCAUGGCCCUGAACACGCGCUUCAGUGAGGUGGAGUGUCUAGCUGAGUCCCACCAACACCUCAGCAAGGAGUCCAUGUCGGGGAACAAGCCGGCCAACGCCGUCCUGCACAAAGUGCUUAAACAGCUGGAGGAGCUACUCAGUGACAUGAAGGCGGACGUGACCCGUCUCCCAGCAACCAUCGCCCGGAUACCCCCCGUCGCCGUGAGACUACAGAUGUCGGAGAGAAACAUCCUGAGCCGCCUGGCCAGCAGAGGCCCCGAACCUCAACCUCAACAACAGCAGAUGUCACAACAGUAGCCUGGCUUGGGCUUGCCUCCCUUUUGAACCCCAUCACCUCUACAUUCCUGAUCGGCACAGCAGAAGUUGAUGCGGCCAAGCUUGAAGCCCCGCCCCCUUACCUAUAUAUAUGGACUUGCAGCAUUUCUACAGGCUGACCCCCUGGAGACUGUGGAAAUAAUAGCUAUUUUAUUUUUUUCCUUUUUUUCGACUUCUUUAUUAAUAUUAUUGAAAUGUUAUUAUGAUGGUUUUUUGGGACCUAAAUAAAAAUGUAAUAAAGGAUUUGGUUUCUGUGUAUGGUCAAAGCUGGUGGGAAAUAUGACUGGAGUAUAUCGCUUCAUGCCAGAGACAUUGGAUAUAGCGUUGAGGCCAGGUUCUUAAAACAUCUUUAGGCUCAGUUCAUUAUUGGAGCCAUUGUAAGGGAAUACAGAUGUCCUGUUGCUCACAGAUACCUUGGAAAAGUAGGAGAAUGGAGCAUUGAACAUGUAGAACACUAUGUUGCAUGCCCAUCUCAACGGGGGGGUAUAGCUGGGGCAUUGCCCCUCCAGAUGGAAUCAGUGCCCCCCUCUGUUUUGUUUCCCUAUAAACACUGAAAAUGGUAUAUUAAUUAGAUAUGCCCCCUCAUUUAUAAAGGAUGCCUGGGCCUGAUCUGGUGUGACCACCAUUUGCCUCACAUUGUGCCUCCUCUGCAUUGAAGCAGUCUGUUGGUUGGAAUGUUGUCUCAGUCCUCAUUACUCAAUGGCUGUGUGAUGUUGCUGGACAUUGGUGGACAUUGGAACACGCCAAUCCAGAGCACACCAAACAUGCUCAAUGGGAAAAAUGUCUGCAAAGUGCAAGCAUAAAUUCUCACUAACAGGGAUGUAAAUUGUGUCCAAAAAAACAUAAGCAAUAAGCUUUUUGUCUGUAUUGAAAAUGUCCUGGAUCUUUUAUUUCAGCUGAUGAAACAUGGGACCAACAUCUUUUUUGUUGCGUUUAUGUUUGUCCGUUGUAAAUCAAUAACAAACAUAACCAAGCUAGUCAAAUACUGUAGCCCAGUUGGCCAAAAAAAGCUGGUAAUAAUUUGAUAGGUCUGUAUGCUGUAUGUUUUCCAUCAAUCGCAGGGCUUUAUUGCUGCGCAACCUUCCAGUUGCAAAUGGUCUGGAAGUAGAAGGGUAUUUACAUAGGAUGUAAAUAUUUUCCAAAUUUAAAUGUUGCCAUGGGAACUUUUGUUGUUCUGAAUAGAUUCCUAAUCUGUGUCUAGGAAGCAGCCUUUGUUAAUGUCCUAUAUCUGAAUUCCAUUUACCAAUUAAAUGGUUGAUUCAUUGGACAUUUCAUAUGAAUU